UUUAAACCCAAAGAGCCUCCGGGAGAGAAAUGGCGGAAGAGGAGAACGGAGCGACGGGCGGCGGGGAGUUUUACCUGAGGUACUACGUAGGGCACAAGGGAAAGUUUGGACAUGAAUUUUUGGAGUUUGAGUUCCGACCUGACGGGAAGCUCCGCUACGCCAACAACUCCAACUACAAGAACGACACCAUGAUCCGCAAGGAGGUCUUCCUCACCCCUUCUGUUCUCAAAGAGUGCCGCCGUAUUGUAUCCGAUUCCGAUAUUAUGAAGGAAGAUGACAACAACUGGCCAGAACCAGAUCGUGUAGGACGACAAGAGCUUGAGAUUGUGAUGGGCAAUGAACACAUCUCCUUCACUACUUCCAAGAUUGGGUCGCUAAUGGAUGUUCAGACCAGUAAUGAUCCUGAAGGCCUCCGCAUCUUCUAUUAUCUCGUCCAGGACUUGAAGUGUUUUGUGUUCUCGCUGAUCUCUCUUCAUUUAAAGAUCAAGCCGAUUUAAGAAACAUUGAUGCUACAUCUUGGAUUUUGGAACUAUGUACUACACUCACCCCAGUUGACUCUCAUCUUCAUGACUUUGACUCUGUGUGCUUGGUAUUUUAACGUUCAUAGUUGAGUUCCAGGCAUUGCAUAAUAUGGUGUUACACUGGCUGU